AUGACGGCCCCAGACCGAGCUCCGAUCAAUCGACGUUCCUCCACGCAGCACUACCAAACGUUCGAUACCCCGCCGCCCAAGUCGCGUGGGCGACCCAAUUCCGGCCAGUCGGAGUCCUCAGCCGAUGGCUCGCACGAUCCUCACGACCAAAAUGACCGCAGCGUUACACAUUCUCCACUACCGAAAAGGCAGAUGGCAGUGCUGGCGAUGAUUGCCUUGGCCGAGCAAACCGCCCUCAAUUCGAUCAGUCCUUAUCUCCCGGAUAUGGCAUCGACAUUCCCGGAGGUGGAAUCGAGUCAAGUGGGCGUCUAUGUGGGGACUAUAGCGUCAGCAUUUGCUCUGGCGCAGUUUGCGACCAAUUAUUUCUGGGGCUGGCUGUCAGAUAGGAUCGGGCGCAAACCGGUGAUCCUGCUCGGGACCUUUCUGACUGCGCUGUGCUUCGUCGCUUUUGGGUUCUGUAAGACCCUGUGGCAGGCCAUACUGGUGCAGGCAAUGAUGGGCAUGGUCAAUGGCAAUCAGGGCCUGGUAUCUACCUGCCUGGGCGAGAUCACAGACCGGAGCAACCAGUCACAAGCCUUUACGUAUCUCCCCGUUCUAUAUGGAAUCGGAGGUAUCUCGGGUCCGCUGUUGGGGGGCCUGCUGGUUCUUGAGCGUAACCCAUUCACUGGCAACAAGAGCACAUACCCUUACCUUGCGCCAAACAUAGUGUCCGCAUUCAUUCUUCUGGUGGACUUUGCUUUGACUUCUGUGUUCUUGGACGAAAGCCUAGAAGAUGCAGAUACACUUCCAAAGUUCGGGAAAAAAAUCCGCAGCCUUUUCACCUGGCUGUGGCAGUUCACGGGCUUCGCAAGCCACCCGACCUAUCUCCGACUUUCGCAGGAUGUGCCAUAUACUACCGUUCGGCGUGACAGUGCCGACAGCGAGGAUCAUGACAGCGACCUAGACUCGGCCUCGGAAGUGUCCAGUGGGCAAAACCAUCCUGCCGAAGAGUUGACGUGGGGUGACAUUUUCACGAGAGACACGAUUCUACUCCUCGUGACCUACCUGAUUUUCGCGUUUUGCAAUGUCUCUUUCAAUUCGCUAUUUCCAAUAUUUGCACAAGCCCAACCGCCCGUCGGCCGCCAUCUCACACCUUCCGAGAUCGGCCUGUCCCAAGGGUUUGCUGGCGUGGUGACGAUCAUCUUCCAGAUCUGCAUCUUCAAUCGUCUGCGCGAUAAGAUGGGCAACCGAUGGUCCUACCGGGCAGGUCUCUUUGGAUUUGUGGUCUCGUUUCUUCUGAUGCCUUUCGUUGGGUACAAGAGUGAGGACGGCCACGGGCUGACUCGCCAGUCGGCCUUGAUGGCCGUGGAAGUGUGCUUCGUGUUGCUGGUCAAGACUGUUGCAUCUGUCGGUGGGUUGACCAGUGCUUUGUUGUUGGUUACCAAUACCGCCCCCAACCAUGCCGUUCUGGGCGCCAUCAAUGGACUCGCACAGACGCUUUCUGCUGCGGGACGCGCAGUGGGUCCAUUUUUGUCCGGAGGACUCUUCUCUUUAACAUCCAAGAUUCAGCCCAAGGGAGAAGCCAUCGCCUUCGGAGUCUUCGGCGCCGUUUCCUUCAUCGGAUUCAUUCUGAGCUUUGGCAUUCGCGGCCGAUCUCUUGAGGCUGAGGGUUGGGUUUCGGACAGCGACGAUGGCAACUACAAAUCGGAUGACGACGACGGGCCCAAUGGCGCUUGA